AAUUGAUUUAAAAAUGACUGCACUUGCAUCGUUACCAUCUUUAUUAGGUGUUAGAGAGUCGGGAAAGGAUGUUAGAACUUCUAAUGUUAUGGCAGUUCAAGCGAUUGCUAAUAUUUUGAAAUCGUCUUUGGGCCCUCAAGGAUUAGAUAAAAUGUUAGUGGACGAUGUUGGAGAUGUUACAGUAACAAAUGAUGGGGCAACAAUUUUGAAGAAAUUGGAGGUAAAUCAUCCGGCUGCGCGUAUUUUAGUAGAUUUAUCUCAUCUUCAAGAUCAAGAAGUGGGAGACGGAACAACAACGGUAACCUUAAUAGCGGCGGAACUCUUAAAAAGAGGAAAUCAACUUGUAACUCACGGUAUUCACCCAGUUUCGGUUAUCGCUGGUUAUAAGCUAGCUGCACGAGAAGCUGUUAAAUAUAUUGAGGAACAACUUUCAACAUCCGUUACAAAUUUAAACCAAGAAACCUUACUUCAUAUUGCCGAAACUACAUUAAAUUCUAAACUUAUAGGUGGAGAAUCCAACCAUUUCUCCUCUUUAGUCGUCAAUGCCAUAUUAGCUGUUGAACAGACAAAUAAGCAAGGAAAAAUUGUUUAUCCCGUUAACUCUAUUAAUGUGCUAAAAAGUCAUGGUCAAUCACUGAAGACGUCCGAAUUGCACGAUGGCUUUGCAUUAGCCCGACAAACACGCGCAUCACAAGCCAUGCCGAUUAGUGUUAAGCAAGCUCGUGUAGCACUUCUUAAUUUUAAUUUACGUCAACAUAGAAUGCAACUUGGUGUUCAAAUCCAAGUUACAAAUCCAGAAGAACUUGAUAAAAUUCGUCAAAAAGAACGUGAUAUUACUAAAGCUAAAAUUGAAAAGAUAUUGAAUACUGGCGCCAACGUUAUAUUAACAACCCAAGGAAUUGAUGAUAUGGCUUUAAAAUAUUUCGUUGAAGCAAAAGCAAUAGCUGUGCGCCGCGUUGAUGCACGCAAUAUUGCGCGUAUUGCUAAAUGUACAGGUGCCACUUUAUGUACAACUUUAGCGACUAUUGAAGGUGACGAAGAAUUUAACGCAUCAUGGCUGGGAACCUGCGAUGAAGUGUGUGAACAACGUGUAGGAGAUUGGGAUUUUCUUUUUUUUAAGGGGUGUAAAACGUCUAAAGCAAAGACAUUGAUUUUAAGAGGUCCAAAUGAGUCUUUCUUAGAUGAAGUUGAACGUUCCGUUCAUGAUGCUUUGUGCACCGUGUCCAAAGCUCUUGAAAGCAGUAGUGUUUGCGCUGGUGGUGGUGCCGUCGAGGCUGCUUUGUCUGUGUAUUUAGAAGAUUUUGCUCGAACUCUUGGUUCUAAAGAACAAUCAGCUAUAAUAGAGUUUGCAGAAGCUCUUUUAGUUAUACCACGUACAUUAGCAAUCAAUGCGGCACAAGAUUCUUUAAAGUUGUUAGCAAGGCUUCGUCGUCAUCAUCAUUUACAUCAAUCUUCAACUACAAAAGAUAACAUUGUUACUCAAUCGACAUGCGAUUCUAAUAAUGCUAAAUGGGUUGGUUUAGACUUACUAAAUGGAACGCUCCGUAACAAUUACGAAGCAGGUGUUAUUGAGCCGAGUCUUUCUAAAAUAAAAUCUAUUAAAUUUGCUACUGAAGCGGCUGUGACAUUGCUUCGUAUAGAUGAUGUUGUUAAAGUUGAGCCCGAAUCUUUCAAUGAAGAACAAAACUAGUAUAAAAAUAAAAAAUAAAAAAAUAAACCUUAAAUGAAUA